AUUACUAGGAGAGGACAUUAUGGAGUUAAGAAGGGUUCAUAAUCAGAUGAUGUUUGUUGCCGACGGACUGCUUAUAGGUGUAUAAGCUGUAUUCCCGAGAGCUCCACAUUUGGCAGAGUAACCAUCGGCUUUAUCGUAAAUAGCUUGUGAAUAAGGGAUGAUAGAAUUUUAGUCAGUAUAACUUGAGUCUUAGUGAAUGGUCUAGAAGAAAAGCAUUGCCAUAUAAAUUUAGCUGGUGUUGCUAGGAUAUAUGGCCAAUUCAGCUUCUGCUAGUUAACGCAACCUAGCAAACACUUGAACUCAAUUCCAGAAUAUAUAUAUUCGAGAAUGUCCUCUACAGAAUCAAUAUAUGCCAAAGCCCACAAGUCCCUCGGGGGACCUGGCGAUGCACGACCUACCGCAUUACAAAUUGUCCAGGACGAGAACCGAGUAAAUGAUCUCACCGACAAGGUGAUCAUGAUCACAGGCUGUUCAUCCGGGCUCGGUAUCGAGACCGCCAAGGCCCUCUUCCACACGGGAGCAACACUAUACCUGACAGCCCGGGACCUAGGAAAGGCCAAGACCGCAUUGGGCAACAUCGUCGAUAGUCCGCGAGUCCAUCUUCUCCACUUAGAUUUAAAUUCCUUGGCAACCGUCCGCGCAUGCGCGGAAGAAUUCAAAUCUAUAGAGAGUACUCUGAACAUUCUGAUUGAAAAUGCCGGCGUGAUGGCAUGCCCCGAAGGUCGGACAGCCGAUGGGUUCGAAAUGCAGUUUGGCACAAAUCAUCUGGCUCAUUUCCUGCUCUUCUACCUGCUCAAGCCGCUGUUGCUCUCUUCCUCAACCUCUAGUUUCCAGUCCCGAGUGGUCGUGGUAGCUUCCAGCGCCCACAGGGUUUCAUCGGUUCAUUUCGAUAACAUCACUUUUGAAGGUGAAUAUGAACCGUGGAAAGCUUAUGGUCAAAGCAAGACAGCAAACAUCUGGACAGCUAAUGAAAUCGAGAGACGCUAUGGCUCAAAGGGUCUUCAUGCCUUUAGUCUGCACCCUGGUGCGAUCGCCACUGAGCUCCUUCGCCAUGUUUCGGAUGAACAGAAAUCCGCGUGGGAUGCUGAUGACUGGCUCAAGAAGUACUGGAAGAGUCCUGAACAGGGAGCCGCGACCAGCGUCUGGGGUGCCGUGGCGAGGGAGCUGGAAGGCACCGGAGGAAAAUAUCUGGAUAACUGUCAAAUCGCAUCACCUGCUGACCCGACCAAGCGACACGGGCCAGGCUAUGCUACGUGGGCGUACAACCCGGAUGGUGAAGCAAAGCUUUGGACAAAAACUUUGGAAUUACUUAAGUUAAAGGACGAAUAAGUUUGUGUUGUUGUCCAUUCAACCGGUUCUCGCUUUUUGUACAAAGUUGUUGCGAUAUAGGUAGGUAGUCACUAGGGGAUUAAAGAACGAAUUUGUGUUUAAAGAGAAAACAAAGGCUUCAUACCAAAAUUCUGGUAACAAGCAAUGUGAAAGCGACCAAUAAAAAAUGUCCGACAGCGUAGUGAGGCGAUUUGUGUCACUGUGCUGAGAUGGUCACACAUAAAUUCUUCUUGGCUUAUUUAUGACGGAUAGACUUCGCAUAAUCAUCUAUUGCCGGCAAAUCUAUUCGUGGAUUCAGCAUUCCUGAUCGCUCCCCAAACCAUAAUUGAGAUGCAUUAGCCGAGAGCUUGGCUGACGAUCUUCCACUAAGAUGGCAGGUGUGGGUACACAGCCUCGUUUGACUUGGUUUGAG